UCAUCUCUUCGUUUCGUUAGCUCGUUUUGGCCGGUGAUGUGGUGGCGGUGAUGUAACGGGAGAGAAGGUUCCCUUUUCAUGCACCUCUCCGCUGCGGUUCGCCUACUCGCUCCCUUCUCGUUCUCCUCCGAUCCAGUGAUCCACUGCUAACCCUAAUCCGUCUGAAGUUUUUGGAGUUUUGGUCGAUUGAAAGACAGAAUUUUGAUUGAUCUGCGCUUAAUGAUGGAAGCUGUGAAUUCUGCGGUUGCUCAAACCAACCUCCUAGAACUUAGGAAUCGGAGCAGUGUCUCUAAACAUUUGUGCUGGGAUAUUACAUAGAUGUUAUUCCUUCAUUAACUUCUACGCGAGACUAGAUUAUUUAUACUAAUAUUCAAUUCAAAACUUGAACCUCCUCUCUUUCAUCCUCUUCGAUUUUCUUUAUAUAUCUGGAGUCUGCUGUGCUACCACUCUCCACCUCAAAUUCAUCUUGAAAAGAUCACGAAUCAGGACAAAGGCGUCUAAUGGAGAGUAAAAACUUUUCUUUGUCAAGGAAUAAUCAAUUUCUUGGAACUCCUAUCCUUCACCAGUUCUUGCAACCUUCUCUUAGCUACUUGAAGUAUAACCUUUGCUCUUUGCCAAAAGGAUUUAAAGUUUCAAUUACCAAGUGUGCAAUGAAAUCUUAUAAACUUUCUGAUCUUACUCACAACGAGGUUAAAUCUCUCAAAGCUCGUCCACGUAUUGAUUUUUCAUCGAUUUUCAGCGUAGUUGAUCCAAUUGUGGAUGAUGUACGCUGCAGAGGAGAUGCUUCAGUAAUAGAUUAUACUGCAAGAUUUGACAAAGUUGUACUCAAUAAAGUUGUUGAGCUUGUUUCUGAUCUUCCAGAUCCCGAGCUUGAUCCUACAGUAAGAGAAGCGUUUGAUGUGGCCUAUGACAAUAUUAAUGCAUUUCAUGCUGCUCAAAGGAUUCCUGAGAAGGAGAUUGAGAAUAUGAAAGGGGUGAGGUGCAAAAGAAUAGCACGGUGCAUUGCUUCUGUUGGCCUUUAUGUUCCAGGGGGUACUGCAGUCUUACCCUCAACUGCUUUGAUGCUCUCGGUGCCUGCACAGAUUGCCGGGUGCAAAACCAUUGUUCUUGCAACUCCGCCCGGUCGUGAUGGCAGUAUUUGCAAGGAAGUGUUAUAUUGCGCAAAGAAAGCUGGCGUCACCCACAUUCUAAAAGCUGGGGGAGCUCAGGCGAUCUCAGCGAUGGCUUGGGGAACAUCUUCUUGCCCAAAGGUUGAAAAAAUUUUUGGGCCAGGAAAUCAAUAUGUUACUGCUGCAAAAAUGAUUCUUCAGAAUAGUGAAGCCAUGGUUUCCAUUGAUAUGCCUGCUGGCCCUUCAGAGGUGCUGGUCAUUGCCGACAGACAUGCCAAUCCAGUUCACAUAGCUGCAGAUCUACUGUCUCAGGCAGAACAUGGUCCUGACAGUCAGGUAGUUCUUGUCAUUGCUGGAGAUGGUGUCAAUGUUGAUGCAAUUUUAGCUGAAGUGAGCAAACAAUGUGAUAGCCUUCCUAGGGGAGAAUUUGCUUCAAAAGCACUUAGUCAUAGCUUUGUUGUAUUUGCCAGAGACAUGGUUGAGGCAAUUUCCUUCUCAAACAUGUAUGCUCCUGAGCAUUUGAUCAUCAACGUCGAGGAUGCCGAAAGGUGGGAGGGCUUGAUUGAGAAUGCAGGUUCAGUCUUUUUAGGACAGUGGACACCCGAAAGUGUUGGCGACUAUGCAAGCGGAACCAACCAUGUCCUUCCAACUUAUGGGUAUGCAAGAAUGUACAGUGGUGUAUCAUUAAACUCAUUUCUCAAAUACAUAACUGUGCAAUCCUUAACUGAGGAAGGACUCAGAAAGCUUGGACCCUAUGUAGCCACUAUGGCUGAAGUUGAAGGGCUAGAGGCUCACAAGAGGGCCGUCACCCUUAGGCUUCAGGACAUUGAAUCUCCUGUGCCUUAGCUCAAACUGUUAGUUCCAACGUUUCUCAAACUGUUUAACUUUUUUUCCCCUCAUUUGACUAAGUUAACAUGAUAUUGUAAAACAAAGUGUUUAUUUUCGAGACUUUCACAUUGAAUC